UUACCCAAUAAUUAUUGGAUGAUUAUUAUAAUGUACAUUAUAUAAUAUAAUUGACGCUCAUAUAAACAUGUAGGAUUUAUUGUUUGUUUUUAAACUUUAAGUAAUGUUUAAACGAAUCAUGAAGUAUUUAUACACAUCACAUACGUCUCGAUCGUUGAGUCCGCGGAACUCUGUCAAUCAUAUACAUUGUAUAAUUCUUUUUCGCAAUUUAUCAACUAUAAUAUCUAUAUCAUAUAUAAUAUAAUUUAUCAACUAUAAUAUCAUAUAUAAUAAGAAUCGAAAAGGAAAGGAAUUCGUGAAGAAUCGAAAAGGAAAGGAAAGAGUCGAAAAUAAACUUUGAUAAGAGUGUUGCGAUAAGACGAACAAAACAUUUGAACAAAAAAUUUGAAACAAAAUCAUCAUCCGUUACGAGUGCACCAUUAUUUUUCUAAAGAGAAUUUGUAUUAAAUAUGUUUUUCACAAAUAAAGACCCGGAAGAAUUGCGCAAACAAGAUCUCCAACUUCUAAGUUUUCGGCAUAUAAUCGAACGUCGACGAUACAUGUGCGGUAUAUGUCAUUUUCAAUAUAUUACAAAAAUGGAUUUGGAUAUACACAUGCAAAGAGUACAUUCGAGGAUAUCCUAUAUGUGCAAGCGUUGCAAUGUAAUGUUGAAGACUUGGUUAAAAUUCCAGGAACACAAUAGUACAAUACAUAGAAAUUUAAUAUUUUGUCCUUAUUGUUACAAAUCACAUGUUAAUUAUGAGGAAUUGAAAUCACAUUGGAGUUUCCACGAGCCAUACGAAUGUAAAUUGUGCUACAAGACGUUCAUCUCCUGGAGGCAUUUUAAUGACCACAAAAUAUCAACACAUUGUGGGCAAGAAUGCGAUUAUUACGUGGCUAUAAUGUUAUUGGAAGAAUAAAAUUGAAAGGAAUAAAUGAUAAAUGAC